AUGCAGCAAUGGAAAAAGCUACCAUAUACUGUUAGUAUUGUGAGCUACGGGUGGGGGUGUGGUGGCCACCCGGCUCCGCCAAACGAGAUAUUAGCUUGCUACUUUAAUUUACUGAAGUUUCCAGAUAACGGUAAUGAAAUCAGAGUUAACAUCGAUUGUCAAGAUUGUAGAAACGCGUGGUUACUAAAACCCAAAGUCUAUUACCCGGCUGGUGGUUAUGGCUGGACUGACUAUAAUGCGCAGGCUAGUGUUUAUCACGCGUAUCAACUAGUUCAUUCCCGUGGUAUACCCGAUGAAAAUAUAAUUGUAUUUCACGCCGACAAUAUUGCAAAUAAUCCUAAAAAUCCGACACCAGGUGUCGUAAUCAACGAACCUAAUGGCACUGAUGUCUAUCAUGGAGUACCCAAAGACUAUACCGGACACGAGGAUAGUGCCCAGAAUUUAUUGCGAGUACUUAGAGGAGAUCCAAAAUUGGCUGAGCAAGGCAAAAAAGUACUAAAUAGCGGACCAAACGAUCAUAUAUUUGUUUAUUUUAGUGACCAUGGUGGUGAAGAGUUAUUAUGCUUCCCAUGGGAUAACCUAUAUGCCGAGGACUUAAACACCGCCCUAAUAGAUAUGCAUAAAAAUAAUAAGUUCUCAAAACUAGUAUUUUACGUAAUGGCGUGUGAGUCUGGAAGUAUGUUUGAGAAACUAUUACCAAGUGACAUUAAUGUAUACGCCGUGACCUCAUCGACUGCACAGGAAUUUAGUUUUGCCAAAUAUAAUAUUGAAUCAUUAGAUAUAUGGCUAAGUACGCAUGGUGACUAUUUCACAGACCAAUGGAUGUAUAACAGCGAGCACCGGGACCUACAACGGGAAACACUUCUGGAUCAGUUUCAUUACAUUGACACCUAUGCCAUGAAUAUUACGCAAUACAUCGGUAAUAAGACAUACCAUUACCAGCAACACGCCCAACAGUUUGGGGAUAUAUCUAUUGCGGAGUUACCUGUCUCACAGUUUCUAGGUCCUGAUAAUGUAUAUGAAAAUUUAUUAGAUGAGAUCAAUUAUGAAUAUCAAAAUAAUGUGGCAACAGAUGGGGUACAUAUCAGAGACCGUGAACUAUAUUUAGCGCAAAAACGUAUUGAUUCUGCAAGGGAUGUAAACGAGAAGUUACGUUAUGCACACGAAUUGCAACGACUAUUAGAUGAGAGGCAUAUGAUUGACAAACAAUUGUAUGAAUACGUGAAUAGUAUUCAACACUUAAUGCCAAACAUCGCAACCAAUUCUAUACUCCAUACGAAACAAGAGCUCAAUAAUAGACACUGUUAUCGACAACUGGUCGACACUUUCCACCAAAAUUGCUAUAUUUUAUCACAAAAUCCAUACGUGUUGUCAAAACUGCAUAUUUUUGUGAAUAUUUGCGAACAAAUGCGUGACUCGAGUGAUGCGGACAUUGCUGUCAACCGAUUAAUAAAACACUGCGAUAGUGCUGUGGAUCCUAAUUUAUAA